AUGUCGCUGGCAUUCAUGAUAAACGCUCCGUCAAAUGUCCAAGAAGGUCUCCAGAUGUCCGACAACUCAAUGCAGAACAGCUUGCCAAGCCCUCGCCACAAGUAUGCUGUUGAUCAGUCGACACUUCCAGCUCGGACUGUAUUCGAUCAUGUCCAAGCAGCCAUACACGCUCAAGGGUCUUUCAUGAAUACUCCAGCGCCUCUGUCAAGUGCUGAGCCGAUGUGGCAGCCGGGAGUCGCAGAGUGGCAAGCGUCUCCUGGAUCCAGCGACUUCCAGGCCGUUCCACCACAAAGCAACCUGCAGCUCACACAGAACCUUGACGUACCACUACGUUCCCUUAUCAGUCUCUCGGAGCAAGAUUCUUCUUCCCUGGCCUCUCUUACCAGUGCUCGUGACCAUGACUCUGGAGGUCGGGGCGUCCUUCUGCAGAACAGGCGGACCAUUGGCGAGAGAGGAGCAGCGACCAAAGCAUCGACCUACCUCGACCUUACCGAAGAGGACGACAACAUUGGGGGUGACCAGCAACUAUCUACCGAGUUCGACCAUAACGAGCGCAUCAGCUUGGCCGACCGAACUACGAUCCCAGGACUGGUGGCUCGGGCAAGUGCUGCAGCGACCGAAGACACAUUCCCAGAUAUCAUCGACCUGACUAAAGAGAAGAAAGAGGUCGACGUUGACCAGCAAGGACCAGCUCAGCCCAGCCACCGCGAGCACUGGGGCUCUUCUCAACAGGCUGCCAUCUCGGGACUGGUAGCUCAAGCCGUAGCUGCAGCCACCAGUAACACACCACCACUAUCCGGCCACGGUACAACGCCAGCAGCAGGAAAUUCCUCGCAAGCAGAACCUGCGAAGUGGACACUUUCCGACCUCAAGCUCCUGCACAAAACCCACAAGAACGGCAAGACCGCCAACGAUCUCGCCGCUCUCCUACCAAAGCUCACGCAGCAGCAAGUCCAGCACAUGUGGUACGAGAAGAUUACCAAAAAGGAGAACUACCGAAACAGGCGGGCUCAGAAGCAUGCUCACGAGAUCGAGGGAUGGGAGCAGCCAGAGCCUGAGCGUAUGGGCGUUCAGCAGGGGAGUGAUGAGCCGCCCCAGACGUUGCGACAGAACAUCAAGAGCAACAUGAAGAAGAGGACUGGUGGACUGUAG